ACAUUCGAAACUGUCAUAUAGCCUAUAAUUAUUAUUAUUAAAACAGAUUGUCUAAUGGCCAAGCCUAUUUUUCUCGUGUAAUAUUUUGUAGCGAUUGUUAUUUAGCUUUGUUAUAGUUUGAAUCGAAAGUUUUCAACAUGGUUGUCAAAGUGUAUAUCAGUGGUAUUUCUGGAAACAAAGAGGUGAAAAAACGACAGCAACGUGUCUUGAUGAUUCUAGAUUCGAAAAACAUAAAAUAUGAUGUCAUUGACAUAACGGAACCAGGAAAGGAAUCUGAUAAAGAGUUCAUGCAAAACAACUCGAAAUCGAACGGCGGCACAGUGAGCGACCCCAACCCGCGGUCACCGCUGCCGCCCCAGAUCUUCAACGAUGACGAAUACUGCGGGGACUAUGAUCAAUUUGACCUUGCCAAUGAAGUGGACACCUUGGAAAUAUUCUUGAAGAUGGAAGCCCCGCCUGAAGAGCCCCCACAAACUGAAAGCGAGCAGGAAAAAACUGUCAAUGGUGAUGCUGAGGCUGAAACAAAGGAAUCUGAAGCAAGCAUAGAAGAUAAAGCUGAUACAACUGAGGCUGGUGAUGCUAAGGAAAAAACACCCGAAAAGGAAGGUAGUCCAGCGAAAGAGGCUUCACCAUCAAGAGAACAAGGUGAGAAAGCAUCUAAGGAGGGCACUCCAGCCAAGGACGAGGAGGAGGGUGAUGAAGGUGAAUCAAAAGAAAAGUCUCCAGAGAGACAAAAGUCUGUAGACAAAGAAGCCACAGAAGAGGAAAAAGCUCCAUCUCCUGAAAAGGAGGUAGAAGUUGAAGCCAAGAAAGCUUCAAAAGAAAGCUCCCCGGCAAAGGAAGAAGUUAACGAAAAUGGUACUGUUAGUUCUCGUGAGCACUCUCAAGAAAAAGAUGCUCCCUCUACUGAAACUGAGACUGCAGAAGUAAAGAAAGAUAACCCUUCAGAGGCUCUGAUCCAGAGCGAGCAAGUUGCUGCGGCUGAAUAAUGGACUGAACACUUACUUGCUUUUCAGCUCAAAUCAUGCCCUUCUAGCACUAAGCAAGCACUGUACAUUAAGUUCUGUUAUUUAUAAUGCAUCAUCAUCAUAACUUCUUUGAUAUAGUCAUUGUAUAUAAUGCAAAGAAGUAUUUGUUGAGUAUCAUGUUAUGUGGCGAUGUAUAGUUAUGUUUUCAUAUACAAUGUGGCCUAUUAUCGUAAAUCAUUAGAGUUAUAAUAAGAUUAUACAAAUUUUCUAUGAA